AUGGACGCAACUCCCACCUUCCUCAACAUCCCUGCUGAGAUCCGCAUGUUAAUAUACGACCUCCUGCUCGACAACAGCGGCCAGAAAACAAUCGCCAUACGGAACCAACGCCGAGAGAAGCCGAAGGAGGAGCCGGGGCGGCCCAAGGCUCUGCGCAGAUCCAGCUACAAUGUCCUGGAACGGACAUUCUACUGCCAGGCCUACGAGGCCACCUACGGGCUCGCAAACAGCGCCGACCUGCACCCGGCCAUCCUGGCUGUGAACCGCCGGGUCAGAGAAGAGGCUUCGCACCACCUGUACGGACGGCACGCCUUCCACUUCGGAGAGGACCUGGAGGCGGUGGGGCCGUUCAUCGAGGACAAGACGUGGUGCACGCGGGCGCUGGUGAAGGACAUCACGCUCCACAAGAGCGGUCUGGCAUCAACGGCCAAGACGGACUCGUGCGACUGGGGUAGCAUCUGCCGGUCGCUGAGCACGCUACCCCAGCUCAGAAAGCUUCGACUCGUUAUCGAGGGAGGGCUCCCUCGGCGAGAAUGGGAGGGGCCCCAGGAACUUAGCGUGUCCGAUCUUCGGCUACUGUACGCGACACGGCACGAGGUCCUCGAAUGGGUCAGGGACCUGGCUCAGGUCGGCACCCUCGAGGAGCUGGAGAUCGUCGCCUCCAGGACCUGGGUGCCGACUCCCACCAACAACACGACCUUCAUCUUCGCGGCCUUCUCGGCGUCGAUUGAGACGUCCCUGAUCGAGUUCCUGAACGAGCUGGAUAUACCCGCCGUAGCGGGCAAGGCGGAGUGA